AUAUAAAUAAGACUCUUUAUCAUUCGCAGGUAUCUGCACUGAAGAAACCGCUGUCCUGCCAUGUCGAGCGGCUAUAAGCCCGAUAUCCUGUGGUCUCCCCAUCACGCAGACCGCUAUGUGAUCUGCGACACUGAACUCAGUCUGUAUCGGAUCGGACCUGCAGGAAGCCCGGAAACUAAAGCCGGCGCCCUUCCGCUAUCAGAGCAGACCGCGGCUACGCUGCUGGCCAUCAACUCUGACACCCCGUAUAUGAAAUGCGUGGCUUGGUAUCCCAAACAUGAGCCUGAGUGUUUGCUGGCUGUGGGACAGGCCAACGGACGAGUCGUCCUGACCAGUCUGGGACAGAGCCACAACUCCAAAUGUAAGGAGCUGGUGGGUAAAGAGUUUGUACCCAAGCACGCCCGACAAUGCAAUACACUCGCGUGGAACCCGGUGGACAGUAACUGGCUGGCGGCUGGUUUGGACAAACAUCGGGCUGAUUUUUCCGUUCUCAUAUGGGACAUAAGUAGUAAAUUUUCUCCUGAGGCGGUCCCAGCUGAGAAGGUUCGUCUGUCUGGAGACGUGGACUCUGGGUUGGUGGUGACCAAACCGCUGUACGAGCUCGGACAGAACGAUGCGUGUCUUUCUCUUUGUUGGCUCCCUCGUGACCAUCAAAAGUUACUCCUGGCUGGGAUGCAUCGAAAUCUGGCCAUCUUUGACCUCCGCAACACCAGCCAGAAGACGUUUGUGAACACCAAAGCCAUCCAGGGCGUAACGGUGGAUCCUCACUUUCAGGAUCGCGUCGCGUCCUUCUUCGAAGGCCAGGUGGCUAUCUGGGAUUUGCGGAAAUUCGAAAAGCCGGUCUUUACUUUGACCGAGCAGCCCAAACCUUUGACUAAAGUGGCAUGGUGUCCCACUCGCAUGGGCCUGCUGGCCACGCUCACGCGGGACAGCAACAUCAUCCGGCUGUACGACAUGCAGCACACGCCCAUGCCGUUCGGCGACGAGGUGGAGCCCACCAUCAUCGAGCGCAGUGUCCAGCCCUGCAGCGAGAGCAUCAUCAGCAGCUUCGCCUGGCAUCCGUCCGCCCAGAACCGCAUGGUGGUGGUGUCGCCCAACCGGGUCAUGAACGACUUCACCGUCUUCGAGCGCAUAUCGCUGGCCUGGAGCUCCACCACGGCGCUGAUGUGGGCGUGCGGGCGGCACCUGUACGAGUGCACAGAGGACGCCGGUCAGGGGGUGGCCGCUGCUGAGAAGGACAUCGCCACUAAGAUGAGGGAGCGAGCGCAGUCACAUUACGGCCACGACACCGUGCAGGUGUGGAGGAACCAUGUGCUGGCCGGAGGAGACGACCCGCAGCUGAGGUCGCUCUGGUACACGCUCCAUUUUAUGAAGCAGUACACUGAAAAUGUGGAGCAGAAGCAACAGAGCAAUAAACAGUCACUCAUCUACUCAGGCAUCAAAAACAUCGUCAAGUCCAGCUCUGGCACUACAGAGACCCGGCGCUGCUGGUCGGGUUCAGACAGGCAGACCGAUGUACCGCGGUACCACAGCGAGGAGCGCAGUCUGGCUCUGCAGCUGUGUGGCUGGAUCAGUCGAGGGCCCGACAUCGAUGUGGAGCCCUUCCUGAAGUCUCUGGAGCAGGAGGGCGAGUGGGAGAGAGCCGCUGCUGUCGCUCUCUUUAACCUGGACAUCCGACGGGCCAUUCAGAUUCUGAACAAAGGAGCUUCAGCAGAGAAAGGUGAUCUGAACCUGAACGUGGUGGCCAUGGCUCUGUCGGGCUACACUGAUGAGAAGAACUCCCUGUGGAGAGAGAUGUGCAGCUCUCUCAGACUCCAGCUGAAGAAGCCGUACCUGUGUAUCAUGUUUGCCUUCCUCACCAGUGAACCUGGCACCUAUGAUGCGGUCUUGUAUGAGAGUCGUGUGGCUGUCAGGGACAGGGUGGCAUUUGCAUGUAUGUUUCUAAAUGACGCUCAGUUGCCUCGUUACAUAGACAAGCUGACCUAUGAUAUGAAGGAGGCUGGUAAUCUGGAGGGCAUCCUGCUGACAGGACUGACGAAAGAUGGAGUAGAUCUUAUGGAGAGUUAUGUAGACCGAACCGGAGACGUGCAGACGGCCAGUUUCUGCAUGCUCAAAGGCUCCCCAGGAGAGGUGCUGAAGGACCCUCGGGUUCAGUGCUGGAUCGAGAACUAUCGCAACCUGUUGGAUGCCUGGAGGUUUUGGCAUAAACGGGCUGAAUUUGACAUUCAUAGGAGCAAACUGGAUCCCAGCUCAAAACCACUUCCACAGGUGUUUGUGAGCUGUAAUUUCUGUGGAAAGUCUAUAUCAUACAGCUGCUCAGCGAUACCACAUCAGGGCCGUGGAUUCAGUCAGUACGGGGUCAGCGGUUCACCCACCAAAUCAAAGGUCACCAGUUGCCCUGGCUGUCGUAAACCACUUCCGCGCUGUGCCCUCUGCUUAAUGAACAUGGGCACCCCUGUGUCCAGCUGCCCAGGCACAGGAAAAGCAGAUGAGAAAGCUGAUCUCACACGAGACAAAAAACUCGCACAGUUCAAUAACUGGUUCACCUGGUGCCACAACUGCCGGCAUGGUGGUCACGCAGGUCACAUGCUCAGCUGGUUUAGAGAUCACAGUGAGUGUCCCGUGUCGGCCUGCACCUGUAAAUGCAUGCAGCUGGACACCACAGGCAACCUGGUGCCUUCUGAUAGUGUAUAAAGGCCUCUCUGCCUUUGUUUUCCAACUUGCACACCUCACUGGUAUUGAAGUUGACGACAGGUGCUCUAUUGUUACAGGAACUAAAGCGGUUAGAUUGUUAGGAUUAUGUUAUCCAUGAUUAAGUCACCCAAGCAUGGGCAGUUGUGUGUCCUGAGACAAGAAAGAAUCCAUGUGAAUGUCUGACCUAUGCAUUUGUGGUCCAGUAGCAGGAGGUUCUGUGAAUAAAACUAUUUCAGUAUCAACUUUAGAGACUGGGAAAGAGAGGCCAAGGUAAUUUCAACCUGAGGAGUCUGAAUGCAUGUCAGGAAUGUUUUGUUUAUAUCUUAGAAAGUGCUUUCACACGGUCCAUAACUACUUGCCCUUGAGUUUAGCGAUUCAUAUUGUUUUAUUAUUCUGUAUUUAUUGCAUAUUAUUCCUUACCACACUGAACCUCAGCUGAUGAAAAUUUAAUGUGUCAGAGAUCUACAAUACAGUCAGAUGAUCUUCACUGGAAAGUGCUAAAAUGUCUAUUCAGUUUGUUUUAAAAAUUGCUUUUAACAAAUAACACAAAGUGAUUUUUGCAGAUUUUUGAUGUUUAAAAUAUGUAUGUUUAACAUUAGUUCUGAAUAAGUGUUGCAUUUUUGGAUCCAAAGGUAAUGCUGUUUUGUAGUGCUUACCUUAAUUUAUAGCACAAUCAAUGCAAAUUUAACAUCCUAACUAUUUAAAUGAUUGUCUGUAUUUUUUUGAAAAGCAAAACGAACUUCCAUUGAGGAGUAAUGUUAUUAAAACAUUUUUUGAAGGA